ACCUUUCUGAUAGGCAGAUAAACAACAAAAAUACUCAGUAUGCCUUUUUCUAACAGUAUCGCAGUGUGUAAAUAAAACAUUUAAAGACAUCUAACAAAAUUGAACAAAGAAUUCUUCGUUAUUCUCCCCUCGGAGUGCCAGCAAGAUAGAAAGCAUCAGACAGCUGCAAAGGGCAACGUCGGCAACAAUAAUGUGCAACUAGUGGCGGACGUUUGCAUCAGGAUCUGGAUCUUAGGAGAAAUCAAGCACAGAUUAGCAGUUGCCAGCGUUUGUUUUCUGGCUAAGGGAACAUGAAUCUGGAAUCGUUAUUUCGUGAUUUUAACCCCUGUAAAUUCAUAGUGCACUGCAGCCUAUUCACGUUCGUUACGCUAUUUGCGCUGCGCCUUGAUGGAUACAUAGAUUGGCCGUAUUGGGCUAUUUUUACGCCGUUGUGGAUUUGGAAAUGCACUGCCAUACUAGGCGCUAUAGUGGGUGCCAUUGUCUGGUGCCGUUAUCCCCACUAUCGGCUCGAAGGCGACUCCUAUACGCAGUUCAAGGCGAUGCUCAUCUCCUUGUCGCUGCACCUAAUAUUGUUAAUGUUUGAGUUGUUAGCCUGCGACAAGCUCACCUCGGAGCGUCAUCUCUGGGUGCUGGUCUUUAUACCGCUCAUCUUCGGCUCUGUUGUCAGUGUCGGCGCCUGUGUGUGGGCCGUUAAACAUGAUCGCUCCUUUGAGCUAGAGCUGUUUUUGGCUGUUAAUGCGCUGCAGUUUGUAUCGCUACCGCUCAAAUUGGACAAGUUUGUUUACUGGAACUGGGAUGUGGUGUUUGUGCCCAUGUGGAUUGUCAUUUGCCUGAGCUUGGUCAGCGUACUCUACAAUAUAAUAUUCUGUGGCAUUAUGAUGCGCACACCUGAAGUGUCGUUGCAACAGAAGAAGGCCGCACUAAAUGCAGCUGUUGGUAACAUUUGCACCGUCCUGCCGCUGCUCUGCUUUCAGGUGGUUAUCUGCGACAAACUGGAUGGAGAGAUUAAGUUUCCGUACAUUGUGGUCUUCGCCCCACUGCUCGUCUCUAUACUUGCACUUAUUAUCUUAAGCUUUACUGCGAAGGGCGGCAACAUGUGGUGGUUCGGCAUACGUAAAUCGUUUAGCCAGUUUCUGCUCUCGGCCAUGCCGUUUCUACAAGAGUAUGGGAACAUUAGCUAUCACGCGGAAACUCAAAGCAAUGGGGGUCAAUCAGUGCCGCUGGAUGCAUCCUCAUCAACAAGCAACAUGGCUGUCACGGAGCCGCUGCACGAGUUUAGCAAGCACGACAAGAAGAGCAAGAAAUCCGCCAAGAAUGAUAUAAUGAAGCCGGUGGUGCCAUUUAUUAGCAUUGAUUUGCCUGAUUAGAGAGAGAAAAAGAGAGAGAGAAAGGGAGAUAUGCGAUGCAACGCCGCACAUAUACAAUAACUAAAAACAAUAAUAAGCAUUGCUUGCAAUGUUAUCACACUAAACACACACACAUACAUAUAUAUAUAUAUAUAUUUAUAUAUGUACACCUAUUCUUAGGUGAUUAGCUUUAGGCACUAGCAUACAUGCAUACAAACUUUGGCCGUAACUAAUUCGUACUGAAUUUCAUCUGUAAGCCUCCUCGCUCUCAGCCGAUCGUCCGCGUUACACACACACACACAGACACACGCACACACACACACAAACACCCGCGCAAUCUAGCCCAGGUAGUGUGCUCUUUAAUAUACAAGCAUGCAUAUAAUAUCUGUACAUAUAUUCGGCCUGUAUUUUUUAAGCAGUUUUCUCUUAACUUAAAAUCACAAAAACUUGAAUAUAUACUAUAUACAUAUUUAUAUAUAAAUACGCAUAUAUAUUUUUAGCUUUUCGAACAAAUUGUAACUCAUACCGAGUGAAUUGUGAAUUCUUUUAGCAAUA